AUGACUGAACUGCUAAUAGAAGAUGAAACUAUGUCAAACUCAGACGAUAUAAAUAGUAAUAGUAAUAACAAUGCUGAAAAUGAUAUGGUUUAUAAUGAUAAUAAUACACAUAAACAUAUACAUAAGCAUUACCAUCAUAAUACCGUCUCUGAUGUUUCUAUUCAACGUGAUUCAUACCAAGAACAAAAACUACAAAAACAUAAAGAUAGCUCUGAAUUACCGCCUACCUUUUUGCCCCCAUUACCUAAAAGGCCGGAAUCUUUGGUUGACGCGGAUACCAAUCGCAAUGAUCUCGCAGAUACUAAUAAUAGUAUAAAUAUGACUACAGAUUAUCCAAGUGACAAUGAUACUUCUGGGAGGCUGAUAAAAAAUGAAUCUGCCAAAGAAGAUGAAAAUGACCGUAGUAGCUCUGACAGCAUAAGUACAAUUGAAAGCCAACAUAAUGGAACUGGAGACAUAAUACCAAAUAUAGAAAGUAAUAAUGAAGAGCAGCAACAAUCGAAAGAAGUGCUUGAAAUAGAAUUGCCUCCUAUUGAAGAACAAAGGGAAAUAAUCAGAACGUUGCACGAAUUGAAUGAGAUGGGGAAGAAAGAAGGUGAUGAAAUGUUUAUUAUACCCCAUAAUUGGUUCAAUGCAUUUUUAAAUGAUCCUAAACUUGAUGUCGAUUUCAACAAUAAUGCCCAGGAAGUGACAGAGGAAGAGGAAGAGGUAAACCCCUUUCUAUACUUGGGCUCUAUUAAUACAGAUUCCAUUGUUAUAGAUUAUGACAAUUUUAUAUUAAAAGAUUACAAUACACACCCUUACACAGCAGUCUGUAAAACUGUUUUCAACCAGUUGACCGAGUGGUAUGGCCUAAUAGGGAAACCGAUUAUCACCUACCUAGUAGAGAAUCAAAAAACUCAUGAAUUAAUUAUUGAAUUGUCAUGGCUAUGUUUUAAUUAUCAUGUUUUUACAGAUGAAAUGAAUAUUGAUCUUUCUAGGAACAAAUCUGCUCCGUUUUUCUGUAUAUCGAGAUUAGCCAAUAUUAAAGCAAUUUUGACAAAAUGUUUAAACAGUUAUAUUACCAAGGAAGAUGUUUCUGAGUUACCAGAUGUUAGCUACUGGAUUUCAUAUGAUGAAAUAGAUUAUACUGACAACGGAGGUGAAGACCCUGCUAUUUUGCCAGUUGUAUCCUUAGAUAAAUAUAUUAUUACACCUUGGGAUUUUGCCACCAUUGACCAAAAAAUCUAUAUCAAUGAAAAUAAAAUUCUAAAUUCAUCCUUUAAAAAUGUACCUGUUUACAGAGGGCAUGUUAUUUUGGAAUUCAAGACUGGGAAGCACUGGCCGUCCAAUUUUUUUGUUUAUAACAAAUUUCAGCCCUCUAAUGGUUUGAUAGGCUUAAAUAAUUUGGGCAAUUCUUGUUAUAUGAAUAGCGCUUUGCAAUGUUUGGCACACAUCCCAGAAUUAAAGGAUUAUUUUUUAUAUGAUGUUUUUUUGCAGGAACUAAAUGUUGACAAUCCACUAGGCUAUAAGGGGGCAAUAGCCAAUUCCUUUGCCGGGUUGAUUAAAAGUUUAUUUAAGGAAACUAUUAAAAUAGAUAAUGAUGAAAUAAAUUCCUCCUUUGCUCCAAGGAAUUUUAAAACUACUAUUGGUUAUUGUAACUCAAUGUUUAAAGGAUAUUUACAACAAGAUUCACAAGAAUUUAUCAAUUUUUUAUUAGAUGGUCUACAUGAGGAUCUAAACAGAGUUAUAAAAAAACCAUAUGUGGAAAAGUCAGAGUUACCACCAGGGACAAAUGUUAAUGAUCAGCAGAUAAUUGAAAACUUGGCACAAAAUACUUGGGAAAAGCAUAAAUUAAGAAAUAAUUCCAUAAUUUUGGACUUAUUUGUUGGCCUAUAUAAGUCUACCUUGACGUGUCCCGAAUGUAAAAAUGUAUCUGUUACUUUUGAUCCCUUUAAUGAUUUAACUUUGCCAUUACCUGUGGAAAGGUUUUGGUCCCGCAGCGUGGUAAUUUUCAGGUCUCAUAGUGAGCCCAGCACAUUGGAUGUUGAAUUGCCAAAUACUGCAACAUAUCAGGAUUUGAAGAAAUACAUUGAAUCAAAGUUGCAAAAUCCUACCAAUGCUAGUAGUGGUGCUAGUAGUAGUAGUAAUAAUAAUAAUAAUAUGACACGUCUGGUCGGUUAUGAAUGUUUUAAUCAUCAAUUCUAUAAAAACUAUGAGGAAGAAAAUUCCGAUUCUCAAUAUUUACCAAUAAAUGAGUUGAUUUCCUCAACGGAUAUAGUAGUUUUUAACGAAUUAGAAAAUUGUGACAUUGCUGCUGAUGAAUGCAAUUUUUUUAUUCCAGUUUUAAAUGUUAAAUUGGAAACUGAAUUUCCCACUCCCAGUUUAUUUGGGUACCCGUUUAUUGUGAACUUUAGUAGAGACGAAUUAUUUUCAUUUGGUGCUGUUUUAUACAAAAUGGCUGAGAAAUUGCAAAAUUUGACCGGUUUAAAGUUGUUAGAGAGUGAUGUAGAUAUUUAUGAAGAGAGCAUCAGGAAAAAACAGGAAUUUGAACAAAGAAUUCAUUAUUUGCAGCAAAAAUAUCCGAAUAUUAGUAACCUGCACGAAAUUUUACAGAAAGAAUAUCAAUAUUGGAAACAUGGCAUUCCCGGUUGUUUCAAAUUAAAGGUGUAUAAUAACAAUGAUCCUGCUACCACGUCUACUACGGUUGGCGAUUUAGACGAUCAGCACAAUAAAACUGUAUCUAAUGAAGAUUGCCCAUUGAAAGAAAAUUAUCUAUACGUACCAAACCCACACAUUACCCUGUCUAAAAUAACUGAUAUAACCGACAACGUUGAUCCUGUAGUUUUAGAACUUUAUGGUGUUAUUACAAGUUACGAUGAAACCGUUGAUGUUAUUGAACAAGACCAGUCAUCAAAGAGUGGCUCUGAUAUGGACAUUGACGAAGAAUCGGAAACUAACAAAGGUGAACAGCAGCAGCAGCAGCCGGAAGUCGAAAGUAUUGCUAAUAAUAAUGUAUUUAUACCACCCUCUUUGUUUGAGGAUUCUGAUGUUAAUUUGAUAUCAACUACAACAGCACCUAGUCCAUUGCCCAAUAAAACUAUAGUAUCUAAGACUGAAAUCCAAAGCAAAUGUCUAUUCACCUCUGAAACACCGACUCUUAUUGUUGAAUGGAACAAUAUGACAUUUAAGGAAUUAUUUAAACAAAACUUUUCCUGGAAUCAACCACAAAAAUACAAAAAUAAAGAGUUGGACGAUAUUAAAUUGAAAAGGAGAGAGAAUAACAAAAGCAAGCAUAUUACACUAGACGAUUGUCUAAAAUUAUUUUCCAAACCAGAAGUAUUAGGUGUUGAUGACUCGUGGUAUUGUCCACAAUGUAAAGUUCAUAGACAAGCCACAAAACAAAUUGAAUUAUGGUCUACACCAGAUAUCUUACUUGUACAAUUGAAAAGGUUUGAAAACCAAUCGUCAUUCAGUGACAAAAUUGAUGCUGUAGUUGAUUUCCCUAUCAUUGACUUUGACGUGUCGCAAUACCUAGUCAGAAAUCAAACAGGUACCGAAAAAAGUGAAACGAUUUAUGAUUUAUUUGCUGUUGAUAACCAUUACGGUGGUCUGGGUGGGGGACAUUACACCGCAUAUGUUAAAAACUGCGUUGAUAAUAAGUGGUAUUAUUUUGACGAUUCAAGAGUAACAGCAACUUCUCCCGAACAAAGCGUUAGUGGGUCUGCUUAUUUGUUGUUUUAUAGACGGCGUACUACUAAAGAAAAUGAGGCCAUUGGUGGUGCAAAUCUAAAAAAAAUAAUUGAAAUAAAUAGAUUAAAGAAUCUGGAAGCAAUGGAGGAAUUUGAAGAACAACAAUUAACUCAGUUUGAAAUGUGUAAAACAGAUGACGAAGACGAUGAUAAUGCUAAACAAGAAGAUGAUGAUACUGACGUAGAAAGUGAGGGAAAGCGUGAUGACGAAUAUGACACUAUAAAUGGUUGUUUGAAUUCAAAAGAAAAGGACAACUGCAUUAAUAGUAAAACAAGUAUCAAUAACAAUAUCAAUGAUAGUGAUAGAACUUUGAAUGAAAAUAUAAAAGAAAGAAAGGAACAGUUGAAUGAAGAAGAAGUUUCCAAUAGCAGCAAUGAAAGAAAAAAGCUGCGUAUAUCCACAGAAAGUUUUUAA